UAAAGGAGAACCUUCUGGCAGGAACCCUUACAAUACUGGUGGUUCGUAACCUGUUCUAUCCAACCGCAAGUUUGCCGAGAUACAGAGAAAAUUAGACAUUUGCGCCGAAAAUGUGACUUAUAAAUUAUUAAUUAAUUACACAGGUUGGACUUUGAGUCGACGUAGACGAGUACAAAGGAGGUCUCACAUGAUUCAAGAAAAAGAAUAAUUUGAGAAACAAUAUACCCAGGAAUUGCAAGUGGGCAAAGUAAAUGGAAAAUUUUAUCACUGGACGAGCCGAGAACUACAAAACGGCGGUAAAAUGCUGUUCAGGAGAGGAUGCGAGUUCCGUGGAUAGCAAGGAUUCGAUGCUCGAAGCCGGGGAAUACCUCGAACGGUUAAGUUUUUGGCAGCGACCGAGACAGCGAGUCGAUCUAGAAUUCAACGAUGUUACUUACAGUGUAAAGCUGGGUCGACAAGAGCAAAAGACAAUUGUUCAUGGGGUGUCAGGAGAGUUUAAAAGUGGAGAACUUGUUGCUGUCCUUGGUCCCUCAGGAGCUGGGAAGUCCACACUGAUAAAUAUUUUAGCAGGAUACAGAACCAAAGACGCAAAUGGCCAAGUACUGGUCAAUGGCGUGGAGAGGAACUUGCGGCAGUUCCGCAAAAUGUCUUGUUACAUCAUGCAAGAUGAUGUGCUCUUGCCACAUCUCACUGUCAUGGAAUCCAUGAUGGUGUCUGCAAAUUUACAUCUCAGAGAAUCUUUAUCCCUUGAAGAAAAAGAAAGAGUUAUCAACGAAAUCCUAUUGAACCUGGGCCUUACAGAGACUGCUGACACAAGGCUGAAUGAGAUAUCUGGAGGACAGAGAAAACGGCUUGCAAUAGCACUGGAAUUGGUGAACAAUCCACCAUUGAUUUUUCUAGACGAGCCAACUAGUGGUCUGGAUAGUUCAUCCGCAUUUCAGUGUAUCAGCCUCAUGAGAACACUUGCUCAUGGUGGGAGGACUGUGGUGUGUACCAUUCAUCAACCAAGUGCAAAACUGUUUGAAAUGUUUGAUAAGUUGUACAUUUUGGCAGAGGGUAACUGCUUGUUCCAAGGCACUGUACAAGAUCUCAUACCUUACUUGGCUUCUGAAGGUCUGGAAUGUCCCAAGUACCACAAUCCUGCAGACUACAUUAUAGAAGUAGCGUCUGGGGAGUAUGGCGAGAACGUGAUACCCAGGCUAGUGAAGGCCUGGAAGGCGCGUGAAGAGGCAGAGACGCAGAAAAAGAGCCUGACCAGUAGUACCAGCAGUAGCUAUGAUUCAAGAAACAUGGUGGUGUCAAUACUACCAAACUGUAAUGUCAAGACCAGUACUGAUAGCAUAAUACAUGCUGCAAGUCAAACCACCCAGUUCCUGGUGUUGUUCAAAAGAGCCGCACAGUCCAUCUUCAGGGAUCGUAUUUUUACUCACCUACGUUUCGUGUCCACAGCAUCUGUCGGCCUUCUCAUUGGACUCCUGUAUCACGGCAUUGGUAAUGACGGCAGUAAAGUCUUCAACAACACUGGCUGCUUGUUUUUCUCGCUUCUGUUCCUCAUGUUCACAUCUCUUAUGCCCACUGUGUUAACAUUCCCCAUGGAAAAACUAGUGUUUAUUCGAGAGCAUUUGAACAACUGGUAUAGCCUCAAGUCUUACUACCUAGCAAAUACAAUGGCGGACGUUCCCUUACAGAUCUUGUUUCCAGUGAUUUACUGUACAAUAGUAUACUUCAUGACAGAUCAACCAAACGAAGGAUUGCGUUACACUCAGUUUGUAGCCGUCACGAUACUGACAUGUCUUGUAGCGCAAUCCAUUGGGCUCUUAAUAGGGACGGUCGCGCCCAGUCUUCCGACUGCUGUCUACGUCGCUCCAGUGACUGGUAUCCCUGUCCUACUGUUCAGCGGUUUCUUCGUUAACUUUGAUACCAUUCCAAAGUACAUGCAGUGGCUCACAUACGUUUCCUACGCGCGGUACAGCUGGGAGGGAACGGUGGUGGCCAUAUAUGGCAAUAAAAGAGGACCUUUAGAAUGCAAGGACAGACGAUGUAUAUUUACGAACAGUGAAGAAGUUUUGGCGUCUAUGGAUGUGGAAGAAAAUGCCCUGUAUUUAGAAGGCGCGAAGGUUUAUUUCGAUUGCCUCGUCCUCUCCCUUUUCUUCAUUAUUUUGAGAUUAGCGGCUUAUUUAGUGUUGCGGUACAAAGUGAAGUCGUAUCAUUAGCAAAGUUGUGGUGUUCUGGACGAUUGCGUUUGGAGUCGUUGUCAUCUUGGACGCCAUCUUGACAAGUUUUUGACUGUUCGUGAGCGAGCUUGCGGUGACCGCUGAUCAGUUAUACGUGGGCUUCUAGUAAAUCGAGUUGAGUGGGAUUGUGGUGAACUUGGAAAUGGCAAAGAAAAUUAGGAGCGUUAUUUUUAAAGUCAUCGUGAGCUACGUAUUAGGGUUCGCGUUUUAGGGAUCCUUCACUCAUUCAUAAAAUUAAACAAUCAUUACGUGUUUUUAAUAUAUGCUAAAAAAAAAAGGCUCUGCUAUGUGGAGAACGUAUUUAAUCAAAUUUACGGGAAUCUCAUACCCGGAGCCCAAACGAUACCGACCAGAUAUGACAAUUCUUUGG